GAGCCGGGCCGGCCGACCAAUCACCGCCAGGAGACCGAGCCGCAGCCGCUCGCAGCACAGGGAAACCGGAAGCAUUUGGUGACGAGGCUCCCGGCCGCUCCCCGAACAAGAUGGCGGACCUUCACCGCCAGCUGCAGGACUACCUGGCGCAAGGCAAGGCGGCCCGGUCGGCAGACGCUGAGCCGCUGAUCGCCUCGGGGACGACGGGCGAGCCCGAGGCCGGAGGGGGACUGGCCAGGGCGUGGCUGGAUCGCACGGGCUUGCGGUGGACGUGGACGCGGAGCGCCGCCGAGCCGGCCGCGGCGGAGGGACCGGCGUGCCUGCCGAGCGUGACGCGCGGACAGCGGCUGGCGGCGGCCGGCGGGUGCCUGCUGCUGGCCGCGCUCUGCUUCGGCCUGGCGGCGCUCUACGCCCCGGUGCUGCUGCUGCGCGCGCGCAAGUUCGCGCUGCUCUGGUCGCUGGGCUCCGUGCUGGCGCUGGCCGGGGGCGCGCUGCUGCGGGGCGGCGCGGCCUGCGGGCGCCUGCUGCGCGGCCAGGAAGUGCCUUCGCGGCCCACGCUGCUGUACGCAGGCGCGCUGACCGCCACGCUGUACGCGGCUCUGGGCCUGCGCAGCACGUUGCUCACGGCGCUGGGCGCGUGCGCGCAGGUGGCCGCGCUGCUCUGCGCGCUGGUGGGCAUGCUGCCCUGGGGCGGCGGCGCGGCGCUGCGGCUCGCCGUGGGCCGGCUGGGCCGCGGGGCCGGCCUGGCCAACACACUGCCCGUGUGA